UAUCGUCGCGGAAACGAUUUUUGGCAAAUCCUCGUGCUAGGGCUACGAUUCUUCGCGAGCAUUUGUCGCCGAGAACUCGGAGUUUUCCUCGGUUCGGAAACCGGACACUGGGUGGUCGCCAACUGCACCCAUCUCGGACUCACCUCCCGCUGCAUAAUAAUCACCGUGCUCUCGAACGGUCUCGCGGGAGACGUGGUUGCGCUCGCUCCCGGCGUGGAAACGAAUUUCACGCUGACUCGCCGCGCUGAUCGGGACCCAAGUGCGCGUGACAAAGCGACGAGAAUCGGGACGCGGUUCCCGAGGGAACAUCGAGGAUCACCCCCCGACGAGAGGUCGCGCGACAUCUCGAGCAAUGUCCUGCCAGAGACAGCGGAGCGUAGCGUCGCAUUUCCUGAGGAGCACCAGAAGACUGAUCACGCGUGUGGCGAACCAGGCGCUUACCGUUUCGCCACAGCCGGCAGUAACGGUGGAGGGGCCGGUGUCCAAAAUGUCUCCACCAACGAACGACGUGACCAAUGGUGUGGUAGCGCCACCCAACACCCUGGCGCCCCGGGUUUCGCCGACCACGAACCCGGCUCUCACCACCAUCAACCCGCCAACGCACAAGCGUACUCCCAAGGACUUCAUCUUUGGCAAGGCGAUCGGCGAGGGAAGCUUCUCCACCGUUUACCUCGCCAAAGAUAUCCAUACCUCGAAGGAGUACGCGAUCAAAGUGUGCGACAAGCGUCACAUCAUCAAGGAGAAGAAGACCGAGUACGUGAAGCGAGAGAAGGAGGUGUUGAACAUGCUCGCGGGCGCGAAACACUCGUUCGUGCGCCUGUUCUGCACCUUCCAAGACGUGGAAAGACUCUACUUCGUCCUAUCGUACGCGAAGAACGGUGAGCUCCUGCCGUACAUCAACAAGGUUGGCUCAUUCGACAUCGAGUGUACCAAGUUCUACUCGGCGGAGGUCCUUCGUGCCCUCGAGUACCUUCACGGUCUCGGCAUCAUCCAUCGGGAUCUCAAGCCGGAGAACAUCUUGCUGGACGAAAAGAUGCACGUGCUCAUCACCGACUUCGGUAGCGCGAAGAUACUGAAGGACCCGGAGACAGUGAUGACGCACACAGGGACCGACGACUCGCAGCAGCAGCAGCAGCAACAACAACAACAGCAGCAGCAGCAGCAGCAGCAGCAACCGUACCGAAGAGAACGCAGGGGCUCGUUUGUUGGCACCGCCCAAUACGUGUCGCCGGAGCUCCUGACCGACAAGACGAGCAGAGCCUCCGAUCUCUGGGCCCUCGGCUGUAUAAUCUACCAGAUGGUCGCUGGCCUGCCCCCGUUCCGCUCUAGGAGCGAGUACAUGAUAUUCCAAAAGAUCCUGAAGCUCGAGUACGAGAUCCCUGACGGAUUCUGUGACCUGGCCAGGUCCCUCGUCAGUCAGCUGUUGGUGCUCGAGCCAUGCAAGAGAUUGGGCGCCCAAGACGAACACGGUGCCGGCUAUCCCAGCAUCAGGGCGCACCCGUUCUUCGAGGCUGUCGAUUUCGAGACCCUCCACGAGCAGACACCACCUCCGAUCUAUCCCUAUCUACCCGGCACGUCGGAGAACGAGGAGCUGAGGUCGCAGUACAGGGUUCCCGACCAUCUGGAGCCCGGUCUCGACGACAAACAGCUCACGAGGCUUCUCGGCCUGGGUAUCGGCGAGGACGACGAUGACGACGACGACGACGACGAGGAUACCACCAUCGAGCGCGAGAAACCCGUGCUACAAACCGUCGUCGAGAAGCCGAGGAGAACGAGGAUCACCAACGACGGUAACAUCGCCGAUCUGACGCCAGAGGACGUCAGAAACCGGCUGGAGAAGCAACGUGCCACGAGCCAGUGGAACACCUUCGUCGAGGGUAACCUGAUACUGAAGCAGGGCUUCGUCAACAAGAGGAAAGGCCUCUUUGCCAGGCGAAGAAUGCUCCUGCUCACCACCGGACCACACCUGUACUACGUCGACCCUGUGAACAUGGUGCUCAAGGGUGAGAUACCCUGGAGCCCGGAGCUCAGGGUCGAGCCGAAGAGCUUCAAGAUCUUCUUCGUCCACACGCCAAACAGAACGUAUUAUCUCGAAGAUCCCGAAGGAUUCGCAUUGGAGUGGUGUAGAGCGAUCGAGAACAUGCGAGUCCAUUACGACGGCCUGCAGGAGUCCACCGCUUAAAUAGAAGACUGAUAUGAACGUUUCGGAUGGAACUGGACGAACAGAGGUUUCACCGAUGACGACGGUAAUCACGAUGUCCGCGAGGUGCGAUCACCGACGUAUCUCGUUAUCCGUCAGUGGCCAGAGGAGGCGAUUAUGCGAUAGAUCGUUUGUUAAGCGUGUAACUCGUCGUUAGGAGAGAUACAUACUAGGAUAAGUUAGCGUUCUUCUAGCGCGUUCCGAGCGUUAUGUACAGCAUAGGACAAAUUUUUUAGGUAAAAAUUCAAAGCGUUUAUACGAUAACGGACCUCUGACAAGGCACACAGGGGAAUAGGUGGACAAAUAAGAAACGGUGAAAAAAAAAAAAA